UGCGGCAGCGGGAGCGAUGGAUCUGGCCGUGGCGGUCGGCGGCGCGGGUGCGGCGCAGCAGCAUCAGCAACUGCGUGAUGAGGUGGCCGAGAAGUGCCAGAAGCUGUUCCAGGACUUCCUCGAGGAAUUCCAGAACAGUGAUGGGGAGGUCAAAUACUUACGUGAUGCUGAAGAGCUGAUCCGGCCGGAGCGGAACACCCUCACUGUGAGCUUUGUGGAUUUGGAGCAGUUCAAUCAGCAGCUCUCUACCACUGUUCAGGAGGAAUUUUACAGGGUUUAUCCUUACCUUUGCCGAGCUGUAAGGACUUUUGCUAGAGACCAUGGAAGUGUUCCUGCAAGCAAGGACUUCUAUGUUGCAUUUCAGGAUCUGCCUACCAGACACAAGAUUCGAGAGCUGACGUCUGCCAAAAUUGGCUCGCUGAUGCGUAUCAGUGGGCAGGUGGUACGUACCCACCCAGUUCAUCCAGAGCUGGUCAGUGGCACCUUCCUGUGCCUAGACUGCCAGACGGUGAUUAAGGAUGUGGAACAGCAAUUUAAGUACACGCAGCCAAACAUCUGCAGAAACCCAGUCUGUGCCAACAGAAGGAGAUUCCUGCUGGACACAAACAAAUCAAGAUUCGUUGAUUUCCAAAAGGUUCGCAUUCAAGAGACACAGGCCGAGCUGCCCCGGGGCAGCAUUCCUCGAAGCAUGGAAGUGAUCCUGCGUGCAGAAGCAGUGGAAUCUGCUCAAGCAGGUGACAAAUGUGACUUCACAGGAUCACUGAUUGUUGUGCCUGAUGUGGCUCAGCUGUCAACGCCAGGGGUUCGUGCAGAAACUGGCUCACGGGUUAGUGGGACGGAGGGCUAUGAAGCUGAAGGAGUCCGGGGACUUCGUGCCCUUGGAGUCAGGGAGCUGUCCUACAAACUGGUCUUUUUAGCCUGUUACGUUGCACCAACAAACCCACGGUUUGGUGGAAAAGAGCUUCGAGAUGAAGAACAGACUGCAGAAAGCAUUAAAAACCAAAUGACAGUGAAAGAGUGGGAAAAGGUGUUUGAAAUGAGCCAAGAUAAAAACCUCUAUCAUAAUCUGUGUACCAGCCUCUUCCCCACUAUCCAUGGUAAUGAUGAAGUGAAACGUGGUGUCCUGCUGAUGCUUUUUGGAGGAGUUCCUAAGACCACUUCAGAGGGCACUUCGCUGCGUGGGGACAUCAACGUCUGUGUUGUUGGUGAUCCCAGUACAGCCAAGAGUCAAUUUCUAAAGCACGUGGAUGAGUUCAGUCCUCGUGCUGUGUACACCAGCGGGAAAGCCUCCAGUGCUGCUGGUCUGACAGCAGCUGUUGUGAAAGAUGAAGAGUCACAUGAAUUUGUCAUUGAAGCUGGAGCACUGAUGUUGGCAGAUAAUGGUGUGUGUUGCAUUGAUGAAUUUGACAAAAUGGACAUGAGGGAUCAGGUAGCCAUUCAUGAAGCAAUGGAGCAGCAGACUAUAUCCAUUACUAAAGCUGGAGUAAAGGCCACCCUGAAUGCCAGAACCUCCAUUUUGGCUGCAGCAAACCCAGUUGGCGGGCGCUAUGACAGAUCUAAGUCACUGAAGCAGAAUAUAAACCUGUCAGCACCCAUCAUGUCUCGGUUUGAUCUCUUCUUCAUCCUUGUGGAUGAAUGUAAUGAGGUGACAGAUUAUGCCAUUGCCAGACGCAUAGUGGAUCUGCAUGCCAGAGUAGAAGAAUCUGUUGAUCGUGUCUAUUCAUUAGACGAUAUCAGAAGGUACCUGUUGUUUGCGAGACAGUUUAAACCAAAGAUAUCUAAAGAGUCUGAGGACUUCAUAGUGGAGCAGUACAAACGCCUUCGGCAGCGUGACGGCUCUGGAGUGACCAAGUCCUCCUGGAGGAUCACAGUGAGGCAGCUGGAAAGCAUGAUUCGCUUGUCUGAAGCUAUGGCCCGCAUGCAUUGCUGCGAUGAGGUUCAUCCAAAGCACGUGAAGGAAGCUUUCAGGCUUUUAAAUAAAUCCAUCAUUAGAGUUGAGACACCUGAUAUCAAUCUGGACCAAGAGGAUGAGCAGGAAAUGGAGUACCAAGAAGAGCAAGACGGAGUCAAUGGGGAAGCAGAAGCUCCAGCUGGGGUCAAUGGUCUUGUGAAUGGGAUAGGUGGCCAUUCUGAGGACGUGAACAAGGAUGCAGCACCCAAAGCUUCUCUUAGGCUGGGCUUCUCUGAGUACCGACGAAUUUCUAAUCUUCUUGUGUUGCACCUCAGAAAAGCAGAGGAAGAAGAGGAUGACUCGUCAUUAAAGAAAAGCGAACUUAUUAAUUGGUAUCUGAAGGAAAUAGAAUCUGAAAUCGAAUCGGAAGAAGAACUAAUAAACAAAAAGAAGAUCAUCGAGAAAGUCAUUCACCGACUUACACAUUAUGACCACAUUCUGAUCGAACUGUCCCAGUCGGGCCUGAGGGGUUCCAAAGAAGAGGAGACUUUUGAUGAAGACCCAUACCUGGUUGUCAACCCCAACUAUAUGCUGGAGGACUGAGGGUUGAGAGCUGGACUGUAGAACUGACUAGUGGCAUGUUGGGAAGUGGAUUCUUUCUGCAUUCUUGCAAUGGUUGCUGUAUAGCUAACAAAUUUGCAUCAGUGCUUUAGUUUGGAAUGCACCAGUAUGCAGUUAGUGAUGUAUGGUUGAUCAUACACACUGAGCAGACCUGGAAAUUCUUAAAGAAAUAACAUCAAUUAAUUUAAUUAUUACUUCUGGGUUUCACCAUCAUCACCCAGAUGCAGAGAAGACUCAUGCAAUAGCUCUUUUUAGUGUCAAGUGAAGUAGGCACUUCUGUUUUAAAUGAGAGGAAUUUUCUUCUUAUAUUCAUUGUUGUUUUAUUGUGUUUGGUAGACUUUUUAUGCUGUGGGCUUUUGUUGCUUUUCUUACUAACGUAAAUAAAAGACCAUUCAGCGUU